AUGGAAGUCCUGCUGUUUGGACUCCCGCUCCGCAGUGUCGCACCCACGGCCUAUGUCCCCUUCGUGCUCUCGAUGCGUCGCGCGCCUCUCGCGUGCAGAUGCGUUUUUUUCAACAACAACCCGCCGCCGAAGCCGAAGAGGCCUCAGGAUCAGGACCUGGGCCCCGUUCUGAACACCAUUAAGUUCUUCCAGGACUAUUCGGAGAAGGGGAGCGCCAGCAUCAAAGGCCCGCUGGCGGGCGUCCCCUGGGUCAGCUUGAUCUUCCUCACGAUCCUGGGCUUCACCCUCAACACCUUUAUCACCCAGGGAGGCGAAGGGUCGAUGUACGACGAGAUGGCGAGGAAGAGGCAGAAGAGCAUAUCUGGACUUGCGUCGACAAAUGUGGACGUAGUCAAGUCUGUGGACGUCCGCGUCGUCAAGGAUGUGAUCCGGGAGUGA